CGAAAGUCAGUAGUUGUAGUCCACGAGCGCUGGAGAAAGUCAGUGGGGGUCCCACCUGCGUGCCUACCGUUCUCUAUCACCUUGUGGACACCCCUAAAUGAAUAAUAAAAUGUCGCCUUCGGUGUCCCCUCGCUUUUUUUCCGAAAAGGAGGUAUCCAAACAUUGCACCAAGGAUUCGUGCUGGGUGUUGUUAGGGACGCGCGUUUACGAUGUGACGGGGUUCCUCCGGAUGCACCCGGGCGGAGAGGCGCUCAUUCUCCGCCGCUCUGGCAAGGACGUCAGCCGGGAGAUCGAAGGACCCCCACACCGGCACUCGGAGAACGCCCGGAGGUGGAUGGAGCAGUACUACAUUGGUGAACUCGACAGAGACAGCAUAGAUGAAGAUACGGAGACUCUGAGACACAGGAAGAAGAUCCCAGAAAGGACCACAGAAGAAGAAGAAGAAACUUCGGCCAUCAAUAAGUGCAGCAAAGUCAACGAAGAAACGGAUCUGGUAGACUGGCGGAAGCCACUGGCCUGGCAGGUGGGAUACCUCAGAGAGAAAUAUGACACGUGGGUCCAUCAGCCUGUGGACAGACCGAUCAGGCUGUUUGAGAAUGACUUUUUCGAAGCCAACACAAAGACUUCUUGGUACAUGGUGCCAAUUGUAUGGAUGCCUUUGGUGAUCUAUCUGUGCUGGUACUGCUAUUCGUUACUGGCACAAGAGAGGACAAGACUGUUUAUUACAUCAGACUACUCCAUUCUGGUCCACAAGUACAGCUUUCCGUUCAUCUUCAUGCUUGGCAUGUUCCUGUGGUCGUUCAUCGAGUACUGCAUCCAUCGCUUCGUCUUCCACAUGCGCCCGCCCGCUCACAAUUAUUACCUUAUCACACUGCACUUCCUGUUGCACGGUCAGCACCACAAGUCUCCGUUUGACGGCUCACGUCUGGUGUUUCCUCCGAGUCUGGCCGCCAUCGCCAUUGGCGCUUUUUACCUGAUACUCAGGCAGCUGUUGUCUGAGGGUCUGGGAACCUCCCUGUUCGUCGGGGGUCUGUGUGGAUACGUGGUCUACGACAUGAUCCACUACUACCUGCACUACGGCUCGCCACGGAGAGGCUCCUACUUGUACGGGCUGAAAGCGUACCACGUCAAACACCACUUUGAACACCAAAGGGCAGGUGAGGACAUGAGAUUUGAGAUGAUGGGCAUUAGAGCAUCUCUCUACAAAAUAGAAGAGCUUAAGACCAGUGCCAAGUUAAAGUAAA